AUGGCCGAUAUUAAAGUGAUUCCAAAAGAAGAAGCGCAUGGUAAACGACAUCAACCACAUGGACGUCAUGCUCCUCAAUAUUUCAAGGAGGGACAAAUAAUUGAUUGCAAAUUUCGAAUCGAUGGAAUGAUCGGUGGAGGUGGCUUUGGUCAGAUUUAUCGUGUCAUUGAUGAACGUAGUAAAUCGGUAUUGGCAAUAAAAAUUGAACCGGAGGAUCAUGAACCGGGACGAAUGAUACUCGAGCAAAAAGUGUUGCUAAAGCUUCGAGGAACGCCACAUAUACCACAAUUUUAUGCCAGUGGUAAUUUCUGUGGCUAUAAUUUCAUUGCUAUGCAAAUAUUGGGAAAAAAUUUGAGUGAAUUAAGAAAAUAUCAACCCAAAAGACGUUUAAGUAUUUCAACAGUUUCACGGGUGGCAUUACAAUUGAUAGCAGCAUUGAAAGCUGUACAUGAUAUUGGAUAUAUACAUCGAGAUGUGAAACCUUCGAAUAUUUGCAUCGGACUUUAUUCAAAUAAACGAACAAUUUACAUUGUCGAUUUUGGUAUGGCUCGGCAAUAUCGUUUUGAUGAUGGCAUGGUGCGAAAAGAGCGAUAUUAUGCUGGUUUCCGAGGUACCAUGCGAUAUGUACCUGUUACGGUGCACGAAAGGCGAGAUCAGGGUCCUGUUGAUGAUUGUUGGAGUAUGUUUUAUUCGUUGAUCGAACUUAUUCAAGGCACUCUACCAUGGAGUUCAUUUGUGGAACCAAAUGAUAUCGCAAAAUACAAGAAGAAUGUCACUUUUGAUGAAUUUGGAAGAUUGGUGCCAAAAGAAAUGGAAGCAAUAAUGAAACAUUUAUCACAGUUGCAUUAUCAUCAAAUUCCCGAUUAUCAAUUUCUUACAGCGGUGUUCAAUAAAAUAUUACCAAAAAAUAUAUCAGAAAAUUUGCCAUAUGAUUGGGAAUUAGCGCAAAAUGAUACAAAAUGA